AAGAUUAUGAAAUACGUCGUAUCCUCGAUCCUGUUGAGAAGUUCUAUGGAGAUGUAAUAGGUGAAAUAAAAUGCUUAGAUUUGCAAUUCCACUAUAAAGGAAAGUGGCGGAGCUUAGAUGCCACCGAAGUAAUAGUCUUUCAAAUUUGCAAAAAUCCAUCAUUCGAUCUGGUGUUAGGACAAGGAUGGUUAUGGAUGCAUAAAGCAAAAAUAAGCUUUGAAUUUUCUCCCGAAGCCCGUAGCCACCAUGCUAAAAUUGUAAUAGAUAGUAUGAGCAUCCCAUUAAUCGAGGGAAAUAGUAAUAAAACCAGCAUUAGUAAAAAUAACUUAUCUAAAUCGAUGGAAUCUAAACCUGGUCUAGCUCAAGAGGAGAAUAGCGGGACUACCAAGAAUAAGAAAUACCCUAAAGUAGAUUUAGGUGAUGGAGGUGGAAAUCUUUCAAUCAAAACGCACCUCAAUAAUAUUUGGAAAUCGGUCCAUUCUACAAAAAAUGAUAUAGAGUAUGGAAUUUUUGAAAAACUCCGUAUUAUCGAGUAUGAACUAAGUUGUAUAAAUAAAGGAAAGUUACCAUGGAUAAAAUCUGAGACAGAGACUAGUUCAUCCAGUUCCGAUUCAGAAUCCACGGACUCAGGCCGAUAUAAACUCCAAAAGGAUCGCGUGCGUAAUACAAAGAAAAAGGUUGUCUCUCCUAUCCGAAAACAUCGUAAACAUAACCUGUCUAAAUCAACGGAAUCUAAACCUGGUCCAACUCUAGAGGAG